AUCGCAUUAACGAUCAUGGAGUCCGACUCGGACGAUGAUGUGUUUAACAUGGAUGCCGUGGUGCUGACCGCCGACGAGGACGACGACACGCUCAGCGAAAACGAUAUCUUGAAGGAAGCGGAACUGGCGGUUAUCGACACAAACUCGGCCCGCAUCGAGCAGAUGCAAAGACAACCGUCGAGCACAAGCUCUCAGACGACACUGGCGCUGGCUCUGUUGCUUAGCCGAGGUCAAUAUGCCGACGUUCUUCGCCAUGCGUCUGUCCAGUCAUGGUGGAAAUCCCUCGGGAAUGCUGUGGAGCGUCACCGCCCGACGAUCAAACACCCAUGCUCGCGUAUUACACAAGCGCUAGAAGACAUGUUCCUUGCCGACCCGUCCAACAUGCUCUCGAUGGCGUACACGGUAUUGUACUCUGGCGCUGCGCUCUUGAACAUGUUUGUGCAACUCAACUACACUGGCCCUGCCAUGGAAGACUCUGCUUUGGCAGACUUGUUGCCAAUGCUCGCUGUUCUGCUGGACAAUUCCUCAACGGAGGUAACCAAGGACACCUUGAAUUGCCAUGCGCUAGUUUCUCUUCAAGUGGAUGGUGAGAGUCCGUUUAGCAUUUGCGAGUACCCCGUGUUCCUGGAGGCCGCGCGAUGCCUUCUCCACUUCGUCGGGUUGCAGUCCAAGGUGAAUUGGUCGCACUCGGAAGCCGAAGAUCACAUCACCAAGCCAACGACCCUCACCAACUACCUGCGUCGUCCGCGUACACUGCACGGUAUGGCUCAGCCGCUGAGCCCACAAGUAACGUCUGUGCUCUUGGGCUUGUCCACGGGUGCAUGGUGGACUGGUCGUAGUCUCAUGACGCACCAGCGGCUGCUCAUAACAAAAGAGCCGUCCAACACGUUGUGGACAGAAGCGCAAUAUUGUUUCUCGGUCGCUGUGGCGCGUACGUAUCCAUCGGACACGUACUUGAGUGCGCGUGCGCAUUUGGAGUGGGGUCUAGCCCAGCACGUGUUUGAGAUCCUCGGCAAAGGUCGAAGCAGCUUUGACGACGCAAUGGCCAUUAGCGGCUUGACUGUUCAAAUGUCGGGGUCGAUGGGGAAACGAACCAAAUACCAAGUGAAGAGCGUGGCCCAAAUGGUGCUGCACGCCAAGUCGCGGGUGGAAAACGUCGCGGCAGGGUCUGAAUCAGCCGUCGCAGAAGCUCAGAUGACCCAUGUCGACUUUGGAGGGAAGAAUCGCGCAGUGCCUUCAUCCACGGAAGAAGAGGCCUCAUCUGGUGCUUCGACGGAAGAAGGGGACCCCUUGUCGUUUGAGGAUCAACUGGUCGCCGACGGAGAGGCGGCGUACCGCAACAUUACGCGAGACCAAGCCGACCCCGACAACAUUCUGCUGGAACACGUUGCAUUUGAAGACGACAGCGUUGGUGCCCCAUCCAACCUGCAAGUGAUCGAUCAAGCGAUUCUCCUGUCGUUGUGUUUGGAUGUGAAAAACAACAACCCAGCCGACGGCCUCACGUCUGAACAAAUGAUGCCGUACUUGACGCGAGUCCUUGACAACCCGAACAAUUGGAUGGUUUACUCGACUGGGCUGCUCGAAAGAGCGUGGCUGGAAUGUGAAACCCAGCGCUCCCGCGAACGCGCCAUCCUGCAAAUGCAGGCUCUCGUCGACCAGCACACCACCCGCCUCACAAUCACACAGACGUCUUUGAAGGCGAUUCAAGAUGCUGCUCCCGCCCACGAACGCAUGGCGUACAUCUACUCGUUGAUCUUUCCCCCACGAUAUGCCUUGAAACGAGACCUCGCCGAGCGAUACUUGGGCUGUGGUGUGUACGCCAGCGCCCUUGGAAUAUUUCAAGAGCUAGAUAUGUGGGACGAGAUUGUGCAGUGCUACCAACUCCUCGACCAACCAAAGCGCGCGGAAGCCCUUGUGCGCCAACGCCUCGAAAUUGCGCCAACACCGCUCAUGUGGUGCUGCUUGGGCGACCUGACCGACGACGUCUCGCACUACGAAACGUCGUGGGAAGUGUCGAAACACCGCUUUGCCCGAGCCAAGCGGACAUGGGGUCGCAAAAUGUUUGAACAAGGCAAAAUCCACGAAGCGAUUGCUCACUUCAAAGAUGCAGUGCACGUCCAGCCCAUGUACACCCAAGCGUGGUUCUUCCUCGGGUCGCUUUCGAUGCGCACCCAGGACUGGCCCAUGGCCAUUCAGUCGUUCACACAUGUGGUCCAGCUGUCGCCAGAUGACGGCGAAGCGUGGGGUAACCUCGGCUCAAUUCACCUGCGACUGCGCCACCACAACGAAGCAUUCAACGCGUUUCAAGAAGCACUCAAGCAACGUCGGUCGCUUUGGCAAAUGUGGGAAAAUUUCUUGCUUUGUGCGAUGGAAGUGCAGAAAUAUGGCGAUGCCAUGUACGCCAUGCAUCAGCUCCUCGACCUCCGUGACAAGCACAAGCGUCCUGUCGAUCACGAGAUGCUGGCGUGGCUCGUCCAAGCCAUUGUGUACCCCGAAGCUCAAGCAGAAGCUGACGGUGCCGAGGACGAAACAGCCACCAUCGACAUGAACACCGUGUACCCCAUGGACGACGACGACGAUGAUGAUGUCGUAGUCACCCAUUCACCGCCGGUCGCGUCCGACUCAAACUACAAGAAGCAACUGGCGAAACUCCUUGGCCGCACCACGUCCAUCGUGACCAACAACGCCAAGGUGUGGCAGGUGUAUGCCCACUUUCAAGAUGGCUGUGGAAACAAAGCCAAGGCGCUCGAGUGCCGACUGAAAGAGUGCCGUGCCUUGCAAAAAGCCGGCUGGGAAACCAACCAACAAGACGUCGAACUGCUCUGUCGGGCUGCAAAGCGUUUGUCCGACACGUACAUCGAAGACGGAACGAAGGCAUCGUUACAUGCAUGCCGCAUGUACCUCCGUGGUGUGCACAAGAAAGCUCAAGUCGACUUUUCAGAUAAUGCCGACGUCAAAGCGUUGGAAGCUGUGCUGCGGCACAUCGAGGCUCUGGAAGCUGGACCAAACUAACAACUUGUGACAUCGCAAGUGUACUAGGUGUCACAACAAAAUGAUUGAAAAAGCUCAAAAUCUCGUGUUCGGUAUUGGCAGGAUCGAAAAUAUGGACCAAUAAAUGAUACACAAGAAUGACAAAAAUUUGCGAA